GAAAGUAUCAAGAAGAAGUUUUUAUCGUCUCCGCCUACGCGGCGGGAGGGACUGGUUUGUGCUGUUCAGGUAAAAGCGCUACGUGACACCUGUGUAUGGUGGUUGUUCACGGAAAACAAUUGGCUUUUAUACUCAAAUAUCUCAUUAAUCGUUCAUGACGGUUUUGCCCGACACUGUGCUUAUACGCGUUACAGCACCGCCAUGGAGAAGGUAGCAUUCUGCUUCGGGAUCUUUCUCUCGGUAUUCGUCAUUUCUUCUGUACGGGGCGAGGUUUAUUCAUCGAUUAUCCAUCUUGAGAGAUCUCUCCUUGCGGAGAAGGAGCUGGCGGGAGAUAUAAGGAACUAUGUCCAGAAUCAAAAGACAAUGCUGGAUGCACUCUCCAGAGUCGCUGAUGAAUAUGAAAAGCACAGUGAGGAGGCCCUGGCAAACAGCGAGAAGUUUAUGGGGAACCCUGUGAACGCUUACCUCUUCAUGAAACGCUUCACGGUAGACUGGGACGGUUUAAGGGCGUCCCUAGAAAAUGAAAACAGCGAAGUAAAAACUCUGAUGUCCAAAUUCGAACAAGUUCGAGAAGAGGGUCGGCUCCCAAAGGUGUCCGACCUCGAAGGCGCCGCAGCUGCCCUCCUGAGGCUACAAGACACGUACCAGCUCAAUACAUCAGACAUUGCAGACGGGGUUCUGCAUGGCGUGAAAAGGUCUCCUGGACUUACAGCAACGGAUUGUUUCAAUUUGGGCAAGUACGCGUACGACGAGGGCGACAAUUACCACUGCCUUCUCUGGAUGCAGGAGGCUCUCCGACGUCUGGAGAAAGAAAACAACUCAUCCGUGUCUCGUUACCUCGUAUUGGAUUAUUUAGCUUUCGCAACAUAUAAUCAAGGCAAUGUCCAACAUGCUUUUAAUAUCACCAAGGAAAUGCUAGAGAUCGACCCAAAUGACGAGAAAGUAAAGAACAACCACCAGUUCCUAAUAAGAAAACUGGCCGAAGACGAGGAUGGUGAGGAGAAGGGCAUUGACAAUAAGAGGCCGAUAAGGGGAUAUCGUGACGAGGAGUACGAUGCGUACGAGAAGCUAUGCAGAGGAGAGGAAACGAAACCACGUUCAAAAAGCGCCAGAAAGUUGACAUGUAGAUACGAGGACAAUAAGAAUGCCAAUCUUCUCCUCAGACCCAUCAAACUGGAGGUCUUAAAUCUGAAACCCUUGAUUGUCAAGUGGCAUGACAUUAUGACGGAGUUUGAGACUGAGAGAGUGAAAGAAAUCGCAACGCCAAGGCUUAACAGAGCGACAGUUCACAACCCAGUGACGGGGGAACACGAGCAUGUCGAGUACAGGGUCAGCAAAAGCGUUUUCCUCGAUGGCUCCCUCGACCCCGUCUUGGCGCGUAUUGACAGGCGUAUUGCGGACAUCAGUGGUCUAGAUAUGACGCUUGCUGAACAGCUUCAGGUCAAUAACUACGGCAUGGGAGGGCAGUAUGAACCACAUUACGAUUUCGGCAGGAAAAGCGAACCAGAUAUCUUCGGGGAGAUGGGGAAUAGAAUAGCCACCGUGUUGAUUUACAUGUCAGAUGUCGAAGCAGGAGGAGCGACGGUAUUCACAAGACUUGGGGUUCAAGUGUUACCGGAAAAGGCUUCCGCUGUGUUCUGGUACAACCUCAGACAAAGCGGUAUCGGAGAUUACCGCACGAGGCACGCGGCAUGCCCAGUGUUAUCGGGAUCAAAAUGGGUGUGCAACAAGUGGAUUCACUCCGCAGGUCAGGAAUUUCGAAGGAAGUGCGCAACAAACCCUAAGCUUUGAGCAACGUUUUGACAUCCGUGGCAAAUGGAAACUAUUUAGUUUGCGGCGAACAUUCUUUUAAAAGAUGUUUUCAGGGGCUUGCAAAGAAACGUUGCAUUGUUGCAUAUUAACAGGAGCAUCAGAAGUUAGCAACUUGUUCGCGUUUACACGAUGAAAUUCCUGGACAUUUGCGGCAGGCCUUCAUUUUUGCUAUUUGCUGAGGAACUAAAUCAUUUCGUAUUGAUAUAAUGUAUGCUAACUGUGGAACUGGGAAGUCAUUACUAUGCAUUCAAAGCAUUAUCAACUACCGACAGCUUGUUUAUUUGGUGGUUUGUCAUGUGUCAUCUUUUCAUUUUAUUUGAACAGUAUUUUCUAGAUGGAUAAUUAAAUAUUUUAAAAUCUAUCAUAAGCAGAUCAAAGUUGUUUUCACUUGUAGAGAUACAUAUGUCACGUAUUCAAUUUUUCAUGAAGAUUUUGCACGAUUGUUUGUAUUUUGAAAACAUCAGUCUAUAUUGCAUCA